CUCGGCGCGCACGGUUUUGGAGCGGGUGUUCUUCUCGUCUUCGUUGCGAGAAUCGCCGAUUAACGAGGUCGUUUAAGUUUAAAGAGUGAGCUACACCGUGUGCCUAUCGACAUCGACUGCUUGCCGAUAAAAAUUUCGUACCAGCUGGCCUAAACUCCGGUACACGCGAUGUUGUCGAUAAAUUAACGGAACUUGUUUGUUGUUUUAUCGAUGGUCCAGCUGCGCGAGAAGUUGGAAAGAAAAGUGGUGUAACAAUCGGUCCGGUAGCUCGUGUUUUUAAGACUGUUUCAUCGAAAAGCAGUUUUCUAGUUAUAAACGUUUCCUCGUUUCAAAAAAGGUUGUUUAUAUUUCUCGUGACAAGUAUCUCGAGCGGCACUGUGUGAAACGUGAAAUUUGAUUAGUUUGCUGCGGUGAACAGUCAUGAUAUAACCUAUAAUCUAAACGUUCGCCAUUAAUUGUGUAUAUCGAUGUAUCGAUUAGAGUGAUCAAUAUGUGACCGAUCGAUAUAACAGAUUAGUCCCCAUUGUCUUCAGAAACGAAACUUUGAGUCGUGAGUGGAGAGUAAAGGAAUUUUUCUAGUGUAUGGACCGAUAGAUUUUCUACGUUAUCUAUCGACGUGGAUGGGACUUUUCUUCUUCUACUAGCUCACAGAGACACGGACCACGAUCUUCGGCUCCUUUUACGGAUUUUGUCGAUCUGCCACUGCGAAAUGCAGAGGUUUGCCUAUCAGUGUCAGGCAUUUUUUAAACAGAUUUAGACUGAAACGAUCCGGAACGUAGUAUCGCGACAUUGAUCCGACUCCCUCCCGAUGCUCCAUUCAUCGGCGAGCUAUCUGAAGGUCGGCCAAGUAGGAGUCACAGAAGAAUCGGGAAUAGUAGACGCUGGGACUUUCUCCGCGAACUGCGUGAUGAUUGCUACGCCGGGCUUUUCCAGGCAACGACGAAAAAUCGAACGAAGAUGAACAAAAUGGAGCAGAUCCCUGAAGGCUGAGAGCGAGCGGAUCCUCGAUAUGACCGGCUGGAGAAUGCGGCCGACCGCAUCGGCGCUCGGCGUCGUCGCCAUUGUCUCCAUCAUGAUCACUGCCAUGCCGUCUGAAGCGGACAGCGGCGCCAUCGAGCCCAGCAUCAAUCAUUUCGGAGUGGACGAGGAGGGCCAUCGUAUCCAGGAGGACGAAAGGAUCGCGAACCAGACCGUCGCCAGCGAUCUAACCGCGGUCGUGUUUCGAGUGCACGUCAACGAUACUAACAACGAAACUCCAGUAACCAAAACUAUCCACAGCUUUCUCACCGAUCACGAGAACCUCGUGAACGUGUCGCGAAUGGACGAAGGUAGCGUCGCGGAAUUGCAAAGGGAUCAAAGUAACCUGUUAUCCGUCACAGUGUCACAGAACGAUGUUCACGAGCCACAACACAAUCCAUUGGGAUCAGACGCAAAGUCGGCAGAACGCAACAGUUCUGAAAAUAAAGUAGAACACGCGAACAAUGAUUUCGUCUCGUCGACUCGACCGAAUCGAGCAGAAAUCGCGUCAAGUAUCGUUCCUUUGGAGAUCCGGUCGCCUGGUUCCAAGAACGACGACUACUUGCACGGCGUCCAGGUAGACGAUGAGGAUCUGUCGAACGUGGUAGAGCACGAGAACGAGUUAAUAGAUGGUUCUAACGUGGACAAAUCUCGCAGAGAAAACUCGAUUAGGUUUACAACCGUGUCAAUCCGUGAGACCAUCGUCACGGAGGUGAAACCGAUCGAGCAGAAGAACGUCGAGGACAUCAGAGCGAUCUCGUUCCAAGUACCUGCAAUCGACAAAGAAGCAGAAGACGCGGACAAGCGACAACAGGAUAACGAACACCCAAGAAACGUCAUGGAGUCAAGGAAGGAUCAAUCCAGGCCGAUGAACAACCUGCUGUUGGCGGGUGGUAAGUCGACGAAGGCGUUUUACGAGAUCAAACCGUCGAUCAAAACCGAGAUGGAGCCCGAUCAGCUUAACCCUAGCAGCACUCAGCGACCCUUGCCCGGUAGGAAGUUUGUUCUACCCAGCGUCGACAGCGCAUUUGGCAAGUUCGGGCCUUACUUCGAAGACGGCGAUCAGGAGAUAAACAUCACUGCCAGAAUAGGCAGCACUAUGCUGCUCGACUGCAAAAUCGGCAUGCUUGGUAACAAGGAGGUGACGUGGGUGCAGCAGCCAAGCAAGGACUCGUUUCGACUACUCACGGUCGGUAGGAUCCUGUACAGUGCGGAUCAGCGGAUCAGCCUCAACUUCCGAUACCCGAGCAAUUGGAGAUUACAAAUCCAGUACGCAACGACGCGGGAUUCCGGCUUAUACAAGUGUCAAGUUGCAACGCAUCCGCCGCUGGUUAAAACGAUUAACGUCGUCGUCACGGCACCGGAAUUGACAAUAACCGACGAUUCCGGCCGAGUGGUGUCCAAGGAGAGGCACCUGAAGGCGGGAAGCGUUCUCAAACUCAGAUGCGAGGCCAGAGACGUUAUCGAGUCUCUGAAGGAGUCUGUCAUUUGGACCAGGGGAGAUGAAACACUUACCGAAGACGUUAGCGAAAACAGAACGACAGAAAUCUUAGCUGGGAAGGAGGUCCUCGUAAUAGUUAGCACGCUGAUCGUGGAGAGGGCUAGUCCAAGGCAUGCCGGAAAUUACAGCUGCGUUGUACCCGGGAAGGCCAAGACAACCGUUGCAGUUCAUGUGCUUAACGGGGAGUUACCAGCCGCGGUGCACGACGGUAACGGAGUCUCCAGGGCGUUCCUCAACCUGUGGCUAAUUCACUUAACGAUGAGUUACGUUUUUUCCAGAUGACAAUACUAAGGUUAUUGCAACAGCAUCAAGACAACCACCGGCGGUCAGACAUGAAUUUCACGGCUGGAAGCAACAACAUAAUAUCGCAUGUUGUCGGUGAGAUUAAUUAAUCACGAACUAAGCACAGGUCACGAUAAUCGAUUCUCAGAAUCAACGAUAGAUCGUCGAUCUACCUGAUCGAUCUGAUCUUUACGAACAUCGGUGAAACAAAAAAAACAUCGUUUUUACCUUUAAUAAUAGAAUUUCCUUUUUCGGUCGAUCGAUUUGAUCAGUAGUUCAUCCUCGAAAAAAUCGGCGAUCGUUUCGACGAUAAUUAUUCGCGAGUUAACUUAAAAUCAUGUAAAAAAAAAAAGAUUAAAAUCGUUUUCUUUCGCUGGAGAAAUAUCGCCGUUAUAAAGUGGGCCAUUAUUGUACAGAUCUAAUUUAGAUGGACGCUCUAGACAGUGCGUAAAUAGUCUUCAGAUUAUUUGUAGUUCGUUGUCCCGAUGACGAGGAACAUCGGAUGUAGAAGAAUAAUGAACGACGGAACAUAUGGAAUGUUGAAAUCAAUAGAGAAAAGUUAAUGCUGUUUGGAAUGUUGCGUCGAACCACUAUCGAGUGGUUAUCAAAGAUUUAUCGCUCGUUACUGAAAGGAUAGCUGAAGCGUAUUGAAUCGAGAACGAUGUUGAUUGAAGAAACGAGUAUUACGGUUAAACGCAUUGCAUGCUGAGUUCCUUAGAGUUCCGAUUAUAUUUCCUUCAUGUUGAUCGUACUGUAUGAUUGGCUUACUUUUAAAAUAUUUUUCGAGCCCGUUUUUCAUUUUGUUUACUGAUUUGAAAUUUCUGUAGCGAAGAAAAUUCUUUAGGGAAAGGAACAAAUAAUAGUCCGAUGGUGCAAGAUAUGGAGAGUACGGAGGAUGUGGUAAAACAUCCCAAUCAAACUCUAGGAGUUUCAUUCGCACCACUAGAAAAACGUGUGGCUUCUCGUUAUCAUGGUGGAACACAACACCACAUCUGUUCAUCACUUCAGGACGUUUUGCGAUAAUGCCUUCCGUAAGUUUUUCAUGUCAGAUGCACUAUUUUUUACUGUUGAUCAUUUGCUCUUCUGGAGGUAAUUCGUAGUAGAGGAUGCUCUUGCAGUCCCACCAAAUUGAAAGCAGCAUCUUCUUCGGGUGAAGUCCAGGUUUUUCUACCGUUGGAGGACAAUUCUUCAGGAAUUUUUUCCAUAAUAAUUUUACAUAAAUCGAGAUUGCUUUCUCCUUCAGUUAAUAAUUAUCGAAACGCUCAAGAAUUUUAUCAUUCCAGUUAUUGUGGUAGUUUCGUUAUAUCUAUUUUAAUUGUAAAGAAAUAUUUCCAUAUUCGAAAGCGUUAUUUUUUAGAUUACAUUUGGAAUAAAAUAUAUGUAGAAUCUUCCCAAAUCCUAUUUGUUCUUUGAGCGAUUUUCAAUACAAUCAUUAAACAAUUUCAUCAGUUCCAGAAAAUCUCUUCAAUUUCAGAAAAAUAUGUCAGAAUCGCAUUCUUAUACAUGGUGAGGUGGUAGGACGUGUAAGGUGACAAAUGACUACUCGGCUUAUUACUUUAAUAUUGCGUUUAUUGCUGUUGCCUCGAACUCUCUGUCGACUCGACUGAUUACUGACUUCCUUGCAACUCGACUCUUGACUCUCGACUGACUAACUUCUGAGGUGCCGAAAACUUACGAUGGACACAUACGUUUUAUCGCAACAUUGUAUAUAUUUCACCAGUCUUUCCGCGAUAUUACAACUGAGACCAAAGAAGUCGCUGGAAAGAGAAUCGUUGCGCCAGGCCCGCGGAGUUGUAGCAUUCGCAAAAUGAUUGUUAUAACGGACUUGUGCUGCUACAAUGGUUUCUUGCUUCAAAUUUAAGUUGAAAUUUCUCUUAAAAUAUAAAAAAUUCAUUUAUUCACUAAAACAGGAGUAAAAUUGGAAUACAAAAAUUGGAGGACCGCGGUGAGGUUAAGCGAAGAAACUCUUAAUAGCCACAGGAUUGUACGCUAAUCGAACUCUGACCUCUUGCAAUGCACAUAUAUGUACGUAUAUAGACGUAUAUGGACGUAUAUACAUACAUAUAUCAGCAGCCUUGGUUUAACCUAGAUCCCUCGAAAGCGUCACUGAUUUUUCGACGCCUGAAUAGUUCGGAUAGUUGGAAGAACAUCGGUCGUGAUAUAAUUAAUUAGUUCUCUCGUGGAAAUUCUUUCGCAUUAUAUAAUUCCCGUCGUGCGGAAAAUAAUCGUUUUCCAACAAGAACGAUAGCUGCAUUACGAGGUAAACUCAUUUAACUAGAAUAAAUCUAAACUGCGUUUUAUUGCCAGCCAAACGGCAUGAUCUUUGCUGCGAGAACAAAAUAAUACCAUUUUCUACUCUCGUUUUUACUUUCUCGCUUUUUUUAUUUUUCCUUUUUCCUCUGUUUAUUUUCCGUUUUAUUUCUUACUUCCAUCUUCCUGCGACCGUCAUCCACCAUCUCCAUUUGCAAACUCUCUCGAUUUCACUUCACUCCUGACGUAUUUCUGCUUGAAAUACCUGGAUGAAUUAUUUGCGUGUAUCACGUGCAGUAGCAUACUAAUGCACCACAUGAGCGAAAAGAGAGAAAACUCAUGGCACGCCUCGGGGCUUUGAAAGAUUAGGCGAUCGCCAUCUGAACUGAGGAUAGUUGUGUAGAAUAAAGUUUCCGAGUGACGAUGCAUAUGUCACGUAGAAGACAAAGGAAAUCACGAAAUUAAUAGAUCACUGGUUAUGUUUUCGCGUAACUGUUCAGAGUGUUAUAACAAAAAGGUGUUGAGCGCUGAUUUGUGAGGGUUCUUAUACUAAGGUUUUGACGCGGCUGUCCUGUUACUAUCUGGUUAUUGUUUCGAUGGCUGUGACAUACAGGAUGUUUUGUCUACCCUAUUACUGUUUCUGAGCCUGUGACAUUCCCGCUUUGCUCCGUUAAAGCGUAUGGCUGUGCUGGGUCGUACGAGUUGAACGAUCUCGUUAUCUUCAUCUUCGGUGAUGUUUUGGGCUUCAUUUUGGGUAAUUGUCCUGCGGGCUGGUGGAGAAAUUGGUGCUGUUGGGUAUUUGAUCAAUAUUGUUUGCGUGAGCGGCAGGACAGAGUAUUUAUUUAUUGUUGCUUAGUCCGUGCCUUCCGGCUUUGGACGAACUUUCGGUUUUGCAUCUCUUAUGUCUAUUUCUUUUCUUAUAUAUUUACUUUCCCCUCUUUUCCACUCUAUUCUGAGUAUUUUGUGAGUUACCUUUGGAGCCAUUUCUAAUAUUUUCUCUAGUGCUGAGAUGUCUAUUUCUUUGAAACUAUGUGAAGUGUUCUUAAUUUUGAUUUCAUAAGAAAUAUUUUCAUGUGUUCCUCCUAUUUUCGUAAUAUUAUAAUCGGUUAUACAUCCAGUUUUGCUGCUAAUUAAACUCGGUUAUCUGGUUUCUAAGAUUUUAUGUGUUUUACAUAAUACGUCUGAGGUGGUUGUUGGUGAAGGCGCCCACAAGAAAUACUGUUCAACAAAAAAGUUUAUUAAACUAUUAACAAUCAACAGUCAACGAUUUGCGGUCAACAGUUAACGAUUAACGAUUAACACUGAACUAUCAAGAGUCAAUAGCCCGUUUCUCUAAUUGUGUUUGAUUCGCUAUGACGCUAACCUUUCGCACUUCGAGGCUCGGGGCAUAAUGAAUCUUUGGUUCGAAUCCAAACGGAUUCGUUUCUUUGUUGCUUCUUGAUAUCUCCACUACGCACGCGUUUAUUAGAUGUCCGCGACGGUUGCCGCGUAUGCAUUCUUCCGAAUAUUCGGCGAAAGAAUCGUAGGAAUAUCGAUGGUACAUUAGGCAUGUCGGCUUUACGCUUUGAAGGUAAUAGCGCUUUGUGUCGCGAAGCCGUUGGAAAAUUCCGUGGUCGAGUGCCGCCACACGUCGAUCUGCACAUUUUUCGUAGGGAUAAUGGUAUAAUGAUUUUCAGUCUGCAAAGGUACGAACGUCAAUUCUUCCAGUUUGAAUACAGCAGAUGAGGAAGUUUUGACUGUCUGUUGGUUACUAAUUAAUUCGAUUCUACAUUCAGAUGAAUUGGUUCUAUUGUGACUUGGUUUAGUUAUUUUACAAAUGUGGAUGAUUGCCGUUCGUUUGCAAUAUUUGUUUAAGUAGUGGCUGACGACAAAGUUGCUCUUGAGUUGGUUAGUAUUAGGUCAGUUUCUACUACAAGUGCAAUAAAUACAGAGUUUUGUUUGGAAGGUAUCGGAUAAAUUUUUGUUAUUUUCCAUUCAUUGUCUUCUAAAAGUGUACAGUUAUCACAUAUAUAAGUUUAUUAUCAUUUAUCCAUAAUUUUAGUUUACUUAGGUGUUACGACCGUUCGCAAAGAGAAGCGAUCGCGAGGAAAACGCGUCAGCGAGAGGCGUAAAUUCUCGUUACAAUUUUGAUAAUCAACGCCGCAAAUCAGUCGUGUUCCCCUGUUUCGAUUAGGAUAACAGAUAAUUCAAAAUGUAACACUGAAUUAACAAGGUUAAUAUAAACUUGUAUAUUUAACAACAUUUAAAAUUAUAAUUAACACGUUACAAAUGAUUUAACGAUGAUACAAUUACUUUGUUACUGUAAUUUGACCUGAUUUUAUCAUAUUUCUCAAUGUAUUCGUUUAAUUAAGCGACCUCGAUUUUAUUCUUCUGAACCUCUCGAUGCAUUCGGUUUGAAUCCUCAUUUGCCACUGACUGCCCUUUGAUUUUGUCCUUUGUCUUAUUUAUCUUUUUCGUUUUAUUUUCUUUUUGUGUUUUUAAAAACUCUUUAGAGUCUAUAAUUUGUGGAUUUGUGAUUCCUUGUUUUCCUGAUAUGAUAGUGUAAAAAUUUCGUCGAUGUUAAUAUGGAGCUCCGAUAUGAUAAAUUCAGUCUGAAUUAGUGAAGAGAUAAUUAUUACCUUUUCUCGUUAUGUAAUAUUAAUAUUCAAAGUGCAUCCUGCGGAUUACCAGUCAGACUGCAAUGACAUGACAGACCAUUCUCGAUCUCGUAUCUGAAUGAAUCUCACCUUUCUAGAUCACAUUACCACACUGGGCGUAUGUGGAAACACUAUGCUAGAUGUUAUGGUCAUAGUGCAUUGCGUAUGAGGAGACACUAUGCUAGAUGUUAUGGAUGUAGUGCUAAUGUUCCUCCGGGAUUGGUGUACUCAAAUUGUCAUUGUCACUGGCAUUGUCAUCACUACACACAUCCAACUCAGCAGCAAUGCAACCAUCUGGUAUUUUCCUCAACUUAUCAUGGCUGUACUUGUACGAUCGUUUACCAUCCAAUGUUUUCAAAACAUACCUGUCUUCCUCCAAAAUCUGCGCUAUUACGAAUGGACACCUGUAUUUUGGAUCUAAUUUGGUUUGAUUUCUCUCCUCAUUUUUGCGCAAUACAAAAUCACCAAGAUUAAAUCUAACUACUUUAGCCUUGGUUCUGUCAAAUCUUUCUUUAUUAUACUUAGCGUUUGUCUCCAUGUUCUGUAUUGCCUGCUGUCUUACAUUGGAGAUAUCUACUUCCCUUUCCCCAAAGCCGUCGGGUAGCAAUAAACCGUAGCCUUACUGUUUUCCCGAUUAAUAAUUCCAAAGGACUCGAUUUAGUCACACGAUUGGUAGUGCAAUUUAAAGCCAAUUGUAUUUCGCCAAUCGUCUCUUGCCAUAAUCUCCCGGUCGUUUCUACAGCUGUAUACAUGUUCUUCAAGGUACCCAUGAUAUGCUCUACCUGUCCAUUGGCCCUACUAGCACCGGUAGCUAUUAAGUGGAGUUUAAUACGUUUGCCUUGACAAAAAUCUUGAAAUUCUUUGCCCGUAAAACAUCUUCCCUGAUCCGCUAUCAUCCGGCGAGGACUACCAAACAAAAGUAUUGCAGACUUGGGCGCCUUAACAGUGCUAGAAGAUUCUAUUUUACAGGUAUGAUAUAGGUAUACAAAUUUUGUAAAAGCGUCAACCAAAACAAUAACGUAUUCUUUUAAGUCACUUUUACCACUCAAUUUACUCGUUAUGUCCACAUGCACUGUAUGCCAAGGUAUGCUGGUCUUAGGUAUAGGAUGUAAUUCGGCUUGUGGUUUACCUGAACUUGCCUUAGAAACCUGACAAGCA